AUGUACAAAAUAAAAGUUCGUGCGGAAGAUCAAGGAAUUUCACGUGUGCUUGCAUCGGAACGCGACAUUCAGCUUCGUCUGAAACGGGCUAAGAUGGAAUGGGCAUUCCAGGAGCCACAGUUUCUCAGUGCAAAUUACAUUGGUUUCGUUAAUGAAGAAGAUGCCCCACUGACCUAUAGUAUCGUAAGCGGAAACAUUGACGCAGCAUUCGCUAUCGAUAACGAUGGACGGAUCACAACAGCCCAGGAACUGGACUAUGAAAUCGAAAAUUCGUAUCACUUGAAAGUGAUCGGGACGGGCAGUUAUAAGAAUACAGCUGAAACUGAUGUGACAGACGGCGAGAAUACAUCACGUGCAACACUUCUUGUGAAAGUGGAGGAUGUGAACGAUUGUGUACCAAAAUUUGAGGAUGAAUUUUACAUGGUUGCUGCACCGAAAGGUACCAAAAUUGGUACUACGGUCACAAAACUGCGAGCACUGGACCUUGAUUCAGGUGCUGCUGGAAAAGUACAGUAUGCCUUGGUGAACGGAAGCAGUAGUGGUAGCAAAUUCAAGAUCGAUUCGGAAACAGGUGACUUGUCACUAGCUGCUAACCUGGAGGAUCGAUCGGUGCAUUACCUGAAGGUGUAUGCGUUUGAUCGCGGUAAACCAUCACUCGGUUCAGCUGUCGUUGUUCGCGUUGCGAUUGGUGAAACGGAAAAGCGCAAACCAAUACGAUUUGCUAAGAAGUCGUACAGUUUCGAAGUGCCUGAAAACGCAUUCCCUCAUAUUACGUUUGGCAAGGUGAGCCUGCUGGAUAGUGUUCCUUCGGAUGUCACGUUACGGAUUCAGGAUUCUGAAACAGACAACUUCUUCGGAAUCAUGCGUGACGGGUCUUUAUACCUCAAGCAACAAAUUGACAACGAAUUCAAAUCUGAAUACUUAUUUGUGGUAGAAGCAGUAUCACCACAUGCGACAUUUAAUGCUUCAGUUAAAGUGCAUGUAAAAGUUUUGGAUAUCAAUGAUAAUUCACCAUAUUUUACUGAUAAAAUCAAUGAAUUGACAAUCAGCGAACAUCUGAAUAGUAUUAUCAGCUUAGACUUUACAGCUACAGAUGAAGACAGCGGUGAUGAUGGUCGGAUCACUUAUCAGAUACUAUCUGGAAAUGAUUAUGGGAUGUUUGGCUUGAAUAGCUCAUCUGGUGUACUAUAUUUCGAAGGAGCUCUAGAAGAUGGCGAGCAGCAACAACUGCUGAAUGGCACUCUCGAUGACCUGAUAAUUGGAGCUAGGGAUGGCGGCGCUCGAUGGAACUGUACCCGUGUUCACGUGCGAUUCGACCCAGAGUGGUGGUCUGCUACAGCACCUUUGUUUAUCGUUUCGCAGUACGAAGUGAACGUGUUUGAAGAUACACCGAUUGGAAGUACCAUUUUGGGAUCCACAGCAGUCAGUGGGCUGGGAGUGCCGGGUGAAGACUGGAUCUACGCUUUGAAUAACAACGAUGAGGUGCUGUUUUACUUGAAUGAAAAUAAUGACGCUUGUUCGAUGAGUUUCACUGCUCAAAAUCCAAAAGGUUUUGCAUCCGGAGCGGGACAUCAGUUCGGUCCAAAUUCUGAAUCUUUCAAGAUUCCACGAAAUUCACAAGUUGGACAACGGAUUGGUGUUGUAUCGGCAACAGAUCAGGAUGCAGGAUCGGACGGUGAGAUUAAAUACGAAAUGGAAGGAAAUGCAACACGGUACUUAAGUAUCGAUCCAAAUACUGGCCAAAUUUUUGGUGAUUUCUCGUCUCUGGACAUGUUUACAACAACUGGAACAUUGAGCGAAACCCAAAUUUUAACGCUUGCUUCACUGAUACUGCUGUUCAUCCUUCUAAUCACUUUGGUCAUUCUGGUCAUUAAUAUGAGGUUGCGUAAUCGAACGAAACCGAAAAAACAGGUGUAUAGCGUAAGUCGAGGUAACGUGGCAGUGGUAAGCAAUAUGAAUCGACGAACGCCGGAUUUAGAACAAGAAAAACAACUAGUUUUUCCUUUGCAAGCAUCGCCAACUUCUCGAUUCAAGGUGUUACAUAUACACAAUAUAAUAAGUUAA